UCGUGUUCAGCUCGUUGACACCCCCUAAAUUGAACUGAAUCAAAACAUCUGAUAUUUGUCAUAAUUUAAAUAUUUUCUAGCCCGGUCCGGCCCGGCCCAAUAACCCAAUAGCUAUUUUUUGUAGUCCAAUCAAAGGUACUAAACCAAGCUUAAUCCUGAAAUUUAUUAAGAUUCUUAAAUUUCGUAUUAAGAGCCUUCUUGGUUAAUAUGAUGGAUGAUUUUGCAAGUUUUCCAAAAUACACAAUGGUGACGAAAAGCUUGUCAUAUCUAAAUUCAAUUUUCGGAAUUUAACUAAUUAAUCCUCAAUACUUUGAUCCCAAUUUAAACUCCACAUUAAAUGAACUGGGGACAAUGUUGACAUAUUAAGAUUGACAUAAGAAAGGAAAUAGGGGCCAUAGAUUCACCAACACAUAUCUCACUUUGUUGCACAAUAACUUUGCUUGCACAUUGAUUAAGACUUGUCAAUAACGCUUAUCUUGUAGUAUACUCCCCUCCACCAAUUUACCCUCCCUUCCAAUUUAAGCAUUAAUGGAGACCUUAAAUGUAGCUAGAUGUUAACGGGUCGGGUUCGGAUCAUGACAUUGUUAGAGAAUUAGAAUUAGGUUUAUCGAUGGUGUUCCGCUGAUAAAAUUUGGGUCAGAUUCGAAUCGAUAUGACGGGUUAUCGGGCUCAUUGCCUCUCCUAUUCGGAGACCCGAAAAAAGAAAGUGCACCCUUUUUGGUAUAGUGAUAGAGAAUGACACCAUAGUUUGAAGAGUAGGGAAACAGGAAAGAAACUUGUCAUCUUAGAGAGAGAGUUACUAGACCUUGUUAGGAACAUAUUCCAUUCAAAAAGGCCAAAUUCUUAUGCUCAUAGUUGUUUAACCACCUUGUCCCUAUAUAUCUCCAAACCCAAUAACAUUAGGAUCCCUUCACAUGUUCCAAAUUGCUCCCUCUAUUUCCUUCACAACUUCUUUGUUCCUUUUCCUCAUCUCUCUACUCAUGAUAAAACCACAUAACAUGUUUUAGAUAGAGAGAGAGAGAGAGAACAAAAUGGUCUCACUUAUCUCUCCCUCCCUCCCCUUCCUAUUUUUGCUCAUUCUCCACCAAUCCUCCUCGUUCUCGACCGUCGACGUCUCUGCCGAUUCCGACAUAAUAAUCGAGACCUGCAACAGAUGCGCGAGCAGUGAUCCGAACGUGAAUUACACUCUGUGCGUCGCGUCCCUCGAAUCGGUCCCGAAAGCCCGCCAAUCGGACCUCCAGGGACUCGCGGUCGUAGCGGUGAGGCUAGCCAAAUCAAACAUGACUCGAGCCAAGUCUAAGGCGAAGAAUCUAUUAAAGGCCAAAUCACUAGACCCUUACAUGGAAUCUUGCUUGGAAACUUGUCGCGAACUGUAUUCGAAUUCGAUAGCUGAUCUCGAAGACUCCGUCAAGGCGAUCAAAUCGAGUCGAUACGGCGACGCCAAUAUACUGAUCAGCUCCGCAGUGGAUGUGCCUCGCACGUGCGAGGACGGAUUCGAUGAGGAGGGCCUGCAGUCGCCGUUGUCUGAGGAGAACGACGAAUUGUUCGGGCUCACCGUCAUCGCACUCGCCAUUACUUCUCUACUUGGAUAAGUGCUUCUUGUUUGAUUAUAAUUCUGGAGUUGUAAUUGAUUUGCAUUAUAGAAAGGAGAUCAAAGUGUUUAAAUAUUUGCACUUAUGUAAGUUUCUAAUAUUGUGAAAGGUGCUUUAGCUGUUGAUUUGAGAUGGACUAUGAAUUGUAUAUGCCAAACUUCCAACUAGUUGUUUCUCUA